UUUUUGUGUGCUACAAGUGAAAAGUGAUCCCCAGACGUGGAUUUUCAGGAGCACGUCUGCGGUCCUUUGGUGCACUAUUAAUACAUCCUUCUGCUACAGAAGAGGAGAGGUCUGGGAGGAACCAGCUGACUGGCAGACAGAGAGAGGAGGAUGCUGGGCAACAGGUGGUCCUGAGACAUGCUGGCUGAGGCUCGGCUCACAGCAAGCAUGUCACACACCGAUGUGCAGGGGUCUGCUCGAUCAUGCCGCCUGCAUAUUCCGCUGAUCGUCAACAUGUGCCCAUAGCAACAACCAGCCAUGGCUGUCAGACAUGAGCUUGGCAAAACAAUCAGGAGAAUAGCUCGUCUCUUUUUCUGGUUCCCCAAAUCGCUAAGAAUCGCCAGGGGUCGGAAAUUAAAGCUUCUCUGGAGAGCUUCAGAUUGUAAAUACACAUGCCAUUCUCAGUGCCAAGGCCAGGUACAACUGAACUGUGAACCGAAUGGGAAAUUAAUGGAAUGUCCACCUGCGUACGACACAUUGGACCAAUCGAAUAACAAUGAUAAGGAAGUUGAAAAAGAAAGGGAUCCUUUGUCGUACCUCAGUAAGGAAGAAACCAAAGAGAAGGUCCAGCUUUAUAAUGCAGCAGUUACUGACAAAUUAAAGAUGACACAGAAUUCCAAUGGCAUAUAUACAGGUUUUAUAAAAGUACAGAUGGAACUAAGACGACCAAUCACUGUACGGGCACGAACACCUGUACAGAGCCAUGCCAAUGGAAAUAAUACUGCCUUCUACUUGCCCAAAGGCAGUAUAAACAUUCUACAUAUCAGCAGUACCAACACUGUCCGGGAAGUCAUUGAGGCCUUGUUGAAAAAGUUCACGGUUGCUGACAAUCCUGCCAAGUUUGCACUUUAUAAACGCUGUCAGAAAGAAGAUCAAGUUUGCAUGUGCAGGUUAUCUGACAGAGAGAACCCCCUCUACCUUCGUUUGGUUGCUGGGCCGAAUAGUGAAACCCUUAGUUUUGUACUACGAGAGCAUGAAACUGGGGAUGUCAUGUGGGAUGCCUUCUCGGUACCAGAAUUGCAGAACUUCUUGCGAAUCUUAGACAAAGAGGAAAAGGAGCAAUUACAGACCUUAAAGCGGCGCUAUUCAUCCUACAAGGAGAAAUUAGAGGAAGCUCUGAGUGGAGUGCACAAACCUGGCUAAAACCAAGGCAGAGGGGAUUUAUGUUGCCGCACGACGGAGCAUUGCAGCUCUGUCCAACAGAGACUUACUUGGCACGGUAUAUAUUCCUGAAAGGAUGUCUAUCUGAAGUGUCAUAAACUGGCCCCAAACCUAGUCUAAUGUGGACGAGGAUAAUGACUUUUACUGAGACUUUAUAGAGGUUCUCUCUGCACAGGUGGUAUUUGCUGCAGACAAUCCACAAAACAAACAUUCAUAAAUGUGUUUCUUUUUCAUGUAAAUUAUAAAAGCUUUAAUCUAUUAAGAUAAGAUUGUGUUUUAAACAUGUCAAGAGCUGUUAUUUAUGUGAAGAAAAUAUUUCUAUGGCGAUUGCUUACUGGGGCAACUGUUUUAGAGUUUGGCCAAUUCAGACACCUGACGAUUCAGAAGAAUUAAUGAAGGUUGUUGGAGAAUCCAGCUUGGAGGCUUAAUGGCAAGUGAUGAAAUGGGAGGAGGAGAUGAGGGACCAGACGGGGACUUUCUGAGAAAGUUUAGGAAGUAGUGAUGAACGAUGAGGAUGCUGCCCACCGCUGCGGGGUAGAGGAGUAACUAUGCAGUCAGCACAACACGUUACAAUCACGUUUUACGUGUAUUGUUGUGUAGAUAUACAUAUAUUAAGCUGCUACAGAGGAAGAUAAUAUAUAUACAAAUUAAGGCUGUCUGCCAAGGGAAGUCAACAGUUCACGAUCGACUGCUUUACAAAGUAUAUUUAAUGAUGUUGAGAGAUUUCACCAAAACUGUUGGUUAGUUGUAUGUAGUAAGAAAGGUAGAGGGAUGUUUAUAGGUUUUCAUUUAGAGAUUUUUUCUUUUUUUGAUGGCAAUCUUAUUUUUAUUAUAAGUUAACUGCCAUGUAUGAGGAUAGCUCUAAAUGUGUGGAAUGGUUUCCAUUCCUAGGCAAGUGUGGAGGAUACUGGUAGAUGCAAUGUAAAGUUGGUUUUUUUUUUUUUAACCAGAACAUGGGCACAGAUGUAGAGAAUGAAAGUGAUAAGUAAAGCUUUCAUUGAGGAUUGUACAGUGUGUUUUGCAGCAAUGAAACACUUGGUAUGAUAUUAUUGCAUGGAAAUGCAUGUGGUAAGAAAACCAAAGAACAAGCAAGGUGGUGUUACCUUUUUUUUUUUUUUUUACUAUUUUAAAUUGUGUUUUUAUGCUUUUAGUAAUUUUAAGAAGUUUUAUAAGAAAACUCUUGACACCGUGGCAAUUUUAUGUUUACUUUUCACAGCAGGUUGAUGUGGUGCGAUAUAGCAUUACUGUAUAAGUAUGGAUCAAGACGGUCUCCUCCUGGCCAGGCUAUUUAGCAUGUUGGCCUUCAUCUCUUGUAGCAGACGGCUCGGACUCAGAUAAGCUAGGGACACAGUGUUAAUGAGGUGUAUUUUAUUUUCCAUACGCAGUUAGGUGGUCAACGGCAGCCUCCGAGGAUUAAAUGUAAAAUCACUAACUGAAAGAAAAACAGUGUCACCGGUAUAAUAAAUCCCCCUUUUUAGUAAAUGCAAGCUGCUGCCUAAAAGUGACUAAAACCACCUGUAACCAUCACAGAAAUGCGCGAGGAGCUGCAGCCAAUAUCUAUAUACCCAGAAUUGUUGGACCCGUUCAAUAUUGGGUCUACAAUGGUGGUGUCAUGGGUAUAUGUAAGCUGCAAGUCCCUAACUUAAGCUAAGGGAAGUCUCUAGAAGCCCUUGUUAUAUUUGCAGUGGCUUUAAAAUUUUGCAAAUGGAAAAGGAUAAAAAGCCUCGGAUCUGGGAACAGUUUUUCAGUUCACUUGUUAAGCUGUCUGCAAAAUAUUUUUUGUUAAAUUCUCAACUGUGAAUGUAUUUUUUGUUUACUUGAAAUAUAUACUAAAAAUGGACAUAUCCAAUAAUUUAGAUUGAAUUUUGAUGCAAUGUUUUUAUGCACUACGUAUUGUCAUUGACAGAUUACUGUAUUAAUUUUUGGCCAUGAUCAAGGUUUUUUUAUUUUUAUUAUUUAAUGUUCUAUAUUCCCUGUAUAGGGAAGCAGAUUAGCUACUCUUAAGUGCUCAUUUGCAUGUGUUUUCCACACCCCGUUUGGAUAUACUUGGCCUUAUUUAUCAGUACGAAUUAAGAACCAUCUGUUUGUUCAGGAGUAACCUAUCGGAUUCUUGCUUUUAUUUUCAAACUACACUGGAAGAGGUAAAGAAGAAUCUGACCGAUUUGCCAUGGACCAAACCGUUCUUUCACGCACUGAUAAACCAGGACCAGUGUGUUUCACUGUGUGACUUAAGAUCUUCUUACAUGAUAGAAGCCGACACUGGAACAUGUUCUGCACAGCCUGAGAAUGAACACACUUGUGUGGAUAUGUGGAAUUUGAAUUUAAUGAGCUUGAAAUUUUAAAGUCUUAAGUACUUUUGACAUAACUGAAAUGAAUUGAAAGUCUUGCAAUGAUUCACAUUAGAUGGUACAAGAAAGUUACAUUUAGAUUUUGAGAUGAAUUCAAAUCUUUUAAAUAAAAGUUACACUAUUUAUAAUUUCUAAA